AUGGAGCAACCUCCGGGUUAUGUUGAUUCGAGAUAUCCCUCUCAUGUCUGCCGGUUACGUCAAGCUUUAUAUGGGCUCAAACAAGCUCCACGGGCCUGGUUUCAUCGGUUCAGUACUUUUCUUCUUGCUACUGGGUUUUCUUGCAAUCGGGCUGACUCAUCCUUGUUUGUGUUUUCCAAGGGUGCUGACCUAAUCUAUCUACUAUUGUACGUUGAUGAUAUUGUCGUAACUAGCAACAAUUCAGCUCUUCUUGAUGCUUUUAUUGGCAAAUUAUCCAAGGAAUUUUCCACCAAGGAUAUGGGCUCAUUGAGUUAUUUUUUAGGCCUCGAAGCACAUCGAACUUCCUCUAGCCUUUUUCUCAGUCAGGCUAAAUAUGCUCAUGAAAUUUUGCAGCGUGCCAAACUCGUUGAUAGUAAGCCUGUGAGCACUCACAUGGUCGUUGCACGUCAUCUAUCUGCUGAUGGUCCUGACUUUGAUGAUCCCUCACUCUAUCGGUCCCUUGUUGGUGCUCUUCAAUAUCUCACUAUCACUCAGCUGGACCUUGCUCAUGUUGUCUCUGCCGUGAGUCAAUAUAUGCACAAGCCUUCUCUUUGCCACUUUCAAGUUGUUAAACUAAUCCUCCGUUACAUCAAGGGCACCUUGCGGUAUGGCCUCUCUUUUACUCCAUCUUAUUCCUGCAAUAUUCUUGCUUACUCAGAUUCCGAUUCGGCCGGCUACCCUGAUACACAACGGUCUAUCUCUGGCUAUGCUAUUUACCUUGGUGAUAACCUUGUCUCUUGGCGUUCCAAGAAACAACCAACUAUGUCUCGUUCAAGCUGUGAAUAUGAAUACUGA